CAACCGCAGCCCGCAGUUUGCCGAAGGCGGACGAUCGCCGUCGACCUCCGUCCAGUCCUGAGUCCUCAGCUCUCGGCCUCACCCUCAGGCAAGUGGCAAUUGGUCGGAUUGCUCUCGUGAAGAGACAAGUUCCACCUUGGCCAAAUCCGGACGGCAUCAGGAUCAGAUAAAACAGAGAGCCAAGCCAGUGGAGGUGAGUGAAUAAACAGGUAUCAUCACCUCCCACACACUGCCAACUUUUGAUACUAUAUCCAUCCAUAUUUAUAACAUAGUAAUCUUGUGUAUUCAAGACAAACUGCUCCUCACUGUUUCAUUGCGCACUGUUUGUCGUUUCAAUCAUGUCGUUUUGGAGUUCAGGAGGCGUUUUAGCUUGAACCUUUGGUGGAGCCUUUUGAGGUGGCGUCGCCACCACUACUACCCUGGUUUGAGAGCAGCUGCUUCGCCUUCCAGCAGGCCGUUGAACCUUGAGCGUUUGGUGAAAAAGGAGCAAGGCCAGCGUUACUGACUCGAGAAGAGAGGCUGCUCGGGGAAAAAGGUUACCCGCACCGUUUUCUAUGUUCCGUUCAUCAUCAGGAAGCCAAGAACCUGGGUCUAGACUCGUACAGGUUCUCUGAGAAAACGAGCCGACAAGAAGCGUCAAUCUGAUAACUGCGACUGCUGAUAAGCUCACCACGUCGUUCACCAAUUAUUUUUUUUCCCUCCAAAUUCUCUCUCCCAGAAAAGGGCUCGUCAGGUUAUCAACACACAAGUCAAGGUGAGCAAGAUGAGUUCGCCACCGACAACGCGCCCCAUGUUCCCGCGCUCUGCAUUUCUUCUCCUCCAAGAUGAACCGCCAAUUGCGCCCAUGGGCCACGGGGCGCUGGCUUCGCUGAUCAGGAAUCGACCUGCAGCGGCAUUAGCAAACCCUUUGUCUUUUGGUGGCCGCGAUGAGGAAGAAGGCGCGGCUGAAACGGUUGAAGAUGAGGCGCAUAGGCGAGACGAGCGCCGCAUGAGUGCCAUCUUGAACAGCUCUCACAUGCGCAGCAUGCGCCUGAUCGGAAAUAGCAACCCACGAUAUCGAUGGGAAAAAUACUGGAAGACCCCAGAGGAGCUGGCCGCUAUGAAGAAGGAUAUACGCGAGUACUAUGAACGUGUCAACUACCUGGUCCAGCAGUAUCUCUACAUUGACCGCCUCCUGGACUCAUCUUUGCCUCAUGACCUGCUCAAUGAGUACAACAACAUGCCCGCAUCUGCCUUUCGCGGUGUCGAGAUACCCGCCACCAUCACGGAAAACUCACCAACCACGUCACAAGAGCCCGCGCGCAAGGUAAAGCGGACCCCAAAGGAUAUUUACCGGUCUACCGAGACGACUCCUCUACUUCAAAGCAACGGCGGGGCAGCUGUGGAAGACGACGACGACCUUGAAAACGGAGGGCGUGCCAAGCCUGAAAUCCCAUGGCUUGAAGAUGACCUCGUCGACAGCGAUGCCCCCAUUGUCACCUUGGCUAUAUACAUCAAUUUUGCUGCCAAUGUUAUUCUCCUAGCUGGCAAAAUUGCCGUCAUCAUCAACGUCCCGUCGGUUUCGGUGCUGGCCAGCUUGGUGGACGCGGUUCUUGACUUCAUCUCAACCGUCAUCGUAUGGGUGACCACGGUUCUCAUUCGCCAGCAGGAUCAAUAUCGAUAUCCGAUCGGAAGGCGGAGACUUGAGCCUUUGGGUGUUCUUGUCUUUUCCGUGAUCAUGAUUACUUCGUUCGUUCAAGUUGCUCUGGAGGCCAUCCAGCGUCUUCUUUCUCCCGAUCGUCACAUCAUUGAACUGGUUGUGCUGGCUAUGGUGUCGCAUGGUGAAGAACUCGAGCGUACAGGCCCUGCUAUUGGGCACGUGUAUGGUGGCUAG